AUGGAAGAAAAUACUGCUGCUAUUGCUAGUUUAAUUAGCAAGGCCAUUAUUAACUUAGGACAAGGCAUCACUGGCAAAUUAAGCGAAAUCCGCGGGGAAAUGGUCGCUAAUUUCCAAGAAAUUUCUAACUUACGGACAGAAAUAGAUAAUUUUCGCAACAAUUUAAAUGCCCUAGAUAAAGAUAUUGAAAAUUUCCGUCAUGAGUUUACUCGCUUACAAGAUAAUGUCAAAAAUUCAAUUCAAUUAUCUAGUCAGCAAAUAACUAGUCAAGUUAGUAGUCAGAUAAAUAGUUUACAGAGUCAGAUUAGUCAAUUAGCCAGUCGUCCAGUGGCUAGUUCUUCUAGUAGUGGUGGAGUUAACACCGAUGACUAUAAUAAUUUGGUUAAAAAAAACAAUAAAAGAAGUGAAGUAGUCAGCAACUUUACUCGCAAAAUGAAUAGUUGUCUAAGUUCGAGUGGAAAUGGGCAACAAAUUUCCAAAAUAGUUCAAGAAUUUAUUGAUGAGUGA